CUCGGUGGAGUCGCGGCCGUGAGAAGUGGCGGAGGCGGACAUUGUUGUGGUAACAGUCCAGCCCCAGAGGAUGCACCGCGGCGAUGCACUCACUCUAAACGGAUGAACGGCGAGAUUAGAUUUUAAUUUGUUUGUUUUUUGUUUGUUUUGCGUUCACCCGAAGAUGAGUCGUUUGUGAAAGAAAAAAGAAAAGAAAAAGCCGCCGCGGCUGCUGCUGCUGCUGCCGCUGCAGCGAAUACGGACUCGGAGUUCAUUCAGCCCGGUGAGACGUAAAAAAAAAAACACACACACACACACAACAUCUGUAGGGUGUGCAUCCCAGGCUGCUGGAUUAACGUGGAUCGACGGGUCUUUCUGUGCAUCGAGGCCACUGAAGCCCGCGGGGCGGCCCGUCGCCCUCGAGUACACUGCGCGAGGAGGUAAAACGAGGACACUAGUAUUCCUGGAGGCCUUUGGAGAACACAUUCUGCCGUGGAGAAGAUGACAGAUUGACAUUAAACACGGCCUCGCCAAGACGUUAUCCGCGGAGAACUGGGUCCAGCACAGAUGAGGGCCUGAGUCCCCGCGCCAUCUAAAGAACAACAACAACAACCACAAACGAAAAUCACGGUUUUUUGGUGCCAUGAUUCGGCCUUCGGGUCCGUUGUGAUUGCACAGGCUGACAUCUGGAAACCACACGGCGUGCAGAGGAAGAGGAUGUGAUGGCUGUGUGUUAAGCGCAGAAGCACCCACCUACACCUCGGCGCUUUUAAUACAUCCUCAGGCGCCAUCUACUUGUAAAGGUUUUUUGUUUUUGUUUUUUGUUUUUAAAAUACAAAAUGGGAAGCGACGGUGAGAUAAUUAAUCGAGAGCUGUCAAAGAUGUCCGACGAGGAUUUGCUGGCGUGCUCCAAAGAGGAGCUGGUGAGCCGGCUGCGUAAAGAGGAGUCGGAGAAAAUAGCGGCUCUCAUCCAGCGAGGGCGGCUGAUAAAAGAGGUAAACAAACAGCUGCAGGGACACCUCCUGGAAAUCAGGGAACUGAAAGUCAUCAACCAGCGGCUGCAGGAGGAAAACGUGGAGCUGCGGGACCUGUGCUGCUUCCUCGACGACGACCGCCUCAAAGUGAAGAAGCUGGCCCGGGAAUGGCAGCUGUUCGGGCACCACGCCGCCAAAGUGAUGCGGGAGGACCUGGGCGGUUACUUGAAAAAGCUCGCCGACCUGGAGCGCAUGCAGGACGGGCUGGUGAAGGAGAACCUGGACCUGAAGGAGCUGUGUCUGGUCCUGGAGGAGGAGUGCGUCAGCAGGAGCGACUCCAGCCCCGGAGGGUCCUCCGAGCUCAACCUGCCCUGCAUGGUGGCCCGGGACCUCGGGGACGGAAGCUCGAGCACAGGCAGCGUGGGGAGCCCGGACCAGCUCCACCUGGUGUGCUCACCUGACGACUGACGGCGGGUUUGGCGGCAGCAGCCGGGUCUCCUCCGACUCCUGCACGGCCUUCGUGAUUGACAGAACGGAGACACGGGGUUU